UAUGACAUAGCAAUAAGCUGUAAAAAGGAAGAAACGUGUCAUUGUCUUCAGGUCGUUCUAAUUUCACCUCGUUCAACUUAUUUUGAAAGCCACGUUGAAACGGAAGUCGCGCCAAUCUCUGGCUCGCGCUCUCCCGCGGUGCUUGGUGUGCCGUGUGAGUGUGCGCGCGCCUUGCCUGGCCUGUCAUCGCUCUCGCGCUGACAUCACGCAGAGGAUUUGCCACAAUGUCAAACAUGGGCGAACAGCGCGAGCUCAUGGCUCCUCCGCGCCACAAUGACACGCACUGCCGCGCGCGCCGGCUCGUUCUCUAAUCAAAACCCUCCGCCGACCUUCUAUAGGUUUAUUCUGUGUCCUACGAUGCUUUUCGGGUCCAUGUAAGUGUUUGGUCCCAGUCAGAGGUCAUGCUGCGGAGGGAGUCUGACACCCACAGCCUGUUUACCUCUGGGGAGACAUCCGAUAAUGACUGUGAGAUGGGGGCGAGUUGUGAAGAGGUAGAUAUAGUGUGCCUGUGCGAGGCCGGUCCCCGUACACUUUAUUCAGAAGCACACGCGCCUACGCUGGGCACUCUGCUGUGUGAACACUGUGGAAAAAACAGAGUCUUGUUAGCCAGGUACUCUGAGGGAUAUGGCACAGAGGAGGAGUGCGCGUUAUCCGACCCUCAGGGAGAAAGCGAUGCAGAUGCUGACAUAGAGGACACAGACUGCAGAAUCCAGGAGCACAGCUCUCUCCAGCAAAUCAGCUCGCGCAGGCGCAAGCGUCCUCGCGUGGCGCGGCAAGACACCACGGAGAGCGAGGACGACGGAGGGCGGAGCCACAAAAGCCAUCGCUGGAACCUGCGGCUCAGUCCCGACAGAGCACACAGCAGGACCAUCCUGGAGGAAAGCGUUUCGCAGGUGAGGCCGCUCAUCAUCACUGGGCCCAACGUGGAGAAGCAGAAGAGUCCUUCGGAUGGGUCCCGAGGCUCCAAGCUGACCUCCCUGUGGCCCUCGUCGCUGCCUCUCCCCGUCAAGCUGCUGCUCCUGCUGCCCGUCUCGCUCUCCCUUGUCAUCGUUAUAAUCUCAUUCCUGCUGCCCUGGACCGCCACAUGACACAGCAUAAUGUUUUCUUUCUUCUUUUUUUUUUCCAAACAUCGCACAAACGUCAAGUCUUAUGAUGUAGUCGAUAGGAUAUUUAUUUUUUACUGCUUUUUUUUUUUAAAGGAAGAAUUAGGAGGGAUAUUAAUGAUGAUUUCUGUUUAGAUUACGUUGUAUUGAAGGAUGCUAAACGUGUCUUUGGCCGAAUCUUUUCAAGGAGCUUACAGUCGCUAAGUCUCGGUUUCUCACCCCCUCUUUUGUAAAAAUAGACUUCUCAUUUUGUGGCCCCCAGGUGGGGCGGGGCACCAAGGGGUUCAGGAACCUUCAAAGAGGGUAACAACACACUCGAUUGGAAAACAUGUGAAAGACGAUGCCGCUACACUAUGCAAUUCCUCUGUUCCUCCUGCAGCGCUGUGAGUGCUGUUAAUGAUCUUCGGUCUCGUCAUGUCCUUGGCCCUGACACUAACCCCCUCCUGUGAGGGGGUUAGUGUCGUUCCUAACCCCCCUCUUAGGAGUAUCUUCUGUUAGCGCAGGGACCUGGGGCUCUAAAUAGCGUGCAACCCAAUUUAAAAAGCAAUAGCAACUGAGAUCAGACACACGUUUGCUGUGUAUAAUCUACUGAUCAUCUGUUGGUUUCAUGAACAGAUUACAUGGAUCUUUUUUCUUUUUUUUUUUUGAAGAUUAAUUUAAAACACCAAACCAUAGUAAAAAUGAGAUGACCUCAAAAUAAAAUAAGCUUUAGGGAAAGAAAAUACUGUAACUAUGUACAAUAAGUUCAUAUACAUCCACAUAUUCACAUAAUGCCAACAUGAUAAAUAUGAAUCUUACGUUACGUAUGUUAUCGUAUGAUUGCUGUUUAGAAAAACUGAGCUUGACAAUCAAUCAUGCUAGUUGUUACAAGCUGAAAUGCAAACUGGUAAAAAGCCAUUUGGCUACUCUGUACUGUAUGCUGUAUUUGUUUUUACGAUGUUCUUUAUGAAUGAUAUUUAAACAUUUUGUUCAACUCCAGAAAAGAGAAGUGGUUAUUAUUCAUCAUCAUUUACCGUAUCCUAUUAAGUACUGUGAAUAUAGUUUAGUCUUCAAUCCUGCUGUAUUGCUCUUCCUAAAGCUCGCAUUUCUUCCAUUGUACACAUAUUUCCAUUUUUGUGUUUCACGGGGCAAUAAAAUGUCAAUAAAACUAGAUUGUAUUUUAACAAAAAAAUAAUAAUUUAAACUCGUCUGGUUUGAGUUUGGGGUGCGGGAGGGAUCUAUUAACAGAAGAGUUUUUGCGACAUUUGAAAGAUAUUUUCAGUGCAUUAUAUGGCACUAGGAUUGAUAGAUUUAUUUUGUUUUACAUUUUCAGUUGAUGUACAUUGCACUGAGUCCAAUAAAACAAACCCUCUAAAAUAACCUUUCCCCUCCGUCACCUGUGGUGGCGCUGCACUAAGAACUAUUGACGGUAACGACACAAAAUCCUCUGAAGAAGACAUUCAGCGCAACUUUCUGCACAAAACGUAAACAAGAACGGAGUGGCGUCAUUUCAGCGGCGUAGGACUUUUGCUAUAACUUUAAUGUGAAGGUGUGUGUUUUAAGCUUGAAAGGAAGUUGUUCUUGAGAACUUCCUUAAUAACUGUAAACUAAUAAGGAUUACGUUAGCAUCUGCUCCACAGAUUUAUUUUAAAAUAUGAAAUGGAAAGAUUUAAGUGAUGUUUUGGUAUUAGGAGCACUUUACAUUAGAACAGGCAUUAGGGCAAAAAUAUAUGAACUAGUCUGACAUAUUUUACUCUUUAUUCUUCAAAACACAAUUUUGGAUUUGUGAAAACUUUGCCCUAUUUCUUAAAACUGGACUUGAGAUUUACUAUAGCAGUAAUUUGUAAGAAUUUCCCCAAGAAGCGGUGAGAAAAAAGUAGUUAAAAUCGAAUUUUAGAUUAACUUUGACAGACUUACUUCAGCUAACUUUGCUUUUAUUGAAAGAGUUGUGCUUGCUGACUUUUCUUUUCUUUUUCCUUCUCCGAUUUAAGUUAAAGUGUGAUCUGCUUUUCUUUUCUUCAGCGAUGCUUGACACAAGUUACACUGCCAUCUGCUGAUGAAACCUUGACUCAUUUUUUUAUCCACUCAGACUAAAUUCCUGCAAAAAA